AUGUGGACCCAGGACAGCGCUCUGCUGCUGCUGCUCGCCUGCUGCCUUUGGUCAGCGGACGCUCAGGGUGACAGGAGACAAAGCAUCUGGGAUGAUCCCAUCAAAUUCAGCACCAAGGCCAAGGACGUGUGCACCAUGAUCAUCACCGGUUACAGGGAAUACACCAGGCUGAGGCUGUCCUGCCAGAGCAACAAGCGCUCCUAUUGGUGUGAAUACAUCGGAAAGCCUUACACCUGCCGCCCCUACAACAAAGACCCCCGUCACUACUUCGUCCAGAUGAUGUGGGGCCUCAGGAAGCUCCACAACGCCUGCCAGGCGCCAAAGCAGAUCAAACCAUUCAUGUGCAGGAAGGCAUCUGAUGACUCUCAAAUGGUAUUCUCAUCCGCUUCUUUCUCCCAGUCAACGGCAGAGGCUUCCACAGGGACAGGAGCAAAACCAGCAGAACAGCCUGCCAGACCUCCACCACGUCCUGCACCCACGAGGCCUGACUCUGGGAGACAAGUCCCGCCAGGAGUAAGGACCACUCAAAGAGCCAGUCCACAAACAACGCCACCUCCUGUCGAGAGCAACGCUAAGAGGAUAGCUCGGCAGUACUGCUGGAGGUCACUUCAAGGCAUCUGCGCCUACUUCAUCGGUUUGUUUCGAAAAUAACGAGGAAGAUUUACAAGUCUGAUGAAGAUAACUUCUGAUGUCUGAUGAAAGCCCUUGGAGGGAAAUCCUACACCAGC